UCAACGAGGCUUCGCUCUCAUUAUAGCGUCUCCGGUAUCUCCUUAUUUCCCCCCGCGAAUUCGACAGAGAUUCGAAUUCUUCGCUCUAUUUGACGCUCCCUCUCGCCGCUUGACGCGAGCCAAGGCGGCGGCGGCGGCGGCGGCGGUGGCGGUGGUGGAUGCCCCUCGCCUCCUCUUGGACCGCCGCGAAGCAAGAGAGCCGUCGUCUCUCCGUUGCCUCUCGACUUAGGAGAAUGUAUGGAACGGGCCGAAAGGCAAAAAGGAAAAAGGACUACCCGGUGAUUCGCUCUAUAUAUACUGCAACUAUCCGAGGGUAUGUCCAGUGCACGGUACGCGCCUCGUCCGUCAGCUUCGGCCUACCGUCCUAUCCUAUACCAUCGACCAGUCCUAUCAUAACCAGCGAGAUACUCGCGCCGCCGGAUCCGUUCACCAGCAGGAUCGCGUCAAGAAUCUCGGGGGGCCUCCGGAUUCUUCCAGUUUCGAGCUCGAUAGAAAAGCAAGGGAGAAAUAAUGAAGGGAGUCGCGGUUAAACGAAGCCAUCAGCAGGCCCUCUUGGCUGCUGUUCUUCUUCCCGUUCUUCUGGUCGGUCCCGCGGUCGGCGAGAUCGAGAGACGUACCUCGAAGCAGAUGGUCGAGGAGUCGGCCGAGAGUUUGGGCUUGAGCAAGGAUUGCGGCAAGUCGUACAGCGCCACCUGCCUCAAGUUGGACGUGGUCUCGUUCCUCGACAGGCUGUCCGAGCAGGAGGACAUCAGCAUCCUGCCGGGUGUGUCGGUGAUCAAGGAGAACGGGACGGCGAACGUGCCCGCCUCGGAGGUGGUCGCCAACCUGGCCAGAGAUUUCCCCAACGACGUGGAGAAGAGGCUGGACGCGUACCUCGUCCACAAGGUGGGAAGUUAUCUCAACAGCCACUCCAUCUCCAUCAAACUGUUCGAUCCGAGGACGUUCGAGGCGGCGAGAAAUUUUAACGAGGAAACCCUGGCUCAGCUUGGACUCGGCGGUGGCGGGCAAAGCGUCGGAACUGGGCGCAAGAAGGAGAAGGGCGGCAUGGGAGGCAUGAUGGCGGGUCUGAUGAUGAUGAAGGGCACGUUGGGGGCAAUCGGUUUCGGCGCUCUAGCUCUGCUCGCGGGUAAAGCGCUGAUGACAGGUCUGAUGGCCCUCAUGUUAUCCGCCAUCGUCGGUCUGAAAUCACUGGCGAGCGGGGGCGAGAAGAAGACCACCUACGAGAUCGUGAGCAAACCGGUGUACUCGAGUUCUCACACUCACAGCUCGGAGGAGCACCACGGCCACGGUUACGGGCAUUCAGGAUACGGGAGAUCCCUGGACGCGAUCCACGAGGACGUGGAGCAGGCCGUUCUGAAAUACGGCAACGUGCGGGACCGUCGAUCGUUGCUUCGACAAAAUUAAGAAUAACUCGUGAACGGAGGAGCCGCCGAACAACAGUCGGUGGCAGAGAUCUAGUAGCACGUCUCUACCUCACCGAGUUCUACCACACUUCGUUUCCCUCUCUUAUCCUCCCCUCACCACCUUUCCACUCGUCUUCUUACUUCUACUCUUUCCUCCUCGAUCUCUCCACCGCUAUUAUGUUCCUUCUCCUAUACUUUUAUCUCGCUCUGUCUCUUUGUCGCUCCAUUCAUCAUUCCUUUUUCUGUUCCUCUCUUCCAUCCAUCGUUUCUCUGCUUCUCUCGUUUCAUUAUAUCACUGUAAUCUCGAUCACCGUCACCGAGCUAUAACUCGUAGAUUCGUAGGUAUUUAUUUUAUACUGGAGUCAUGCUAUCGCCACCUCCACCACACAGGUCACAAGGCUCGAGAAGAAGCUGGUCGUCGUUGCACAUGGACCAUCCUCGAAUCGUGUACAUGAUUUUCUCUUUGUUAUUUAUAUUGUAUUUAUUACUCAUUGUAAAGUUUUAAUAAAAAAAAAAAAUCAUGUUUUUAAGAAACCGCUUUUGAUCCUGUUUCGUAUUUUCUUUUAUCUUGUAUUUUGUAUUCGAAAAUUUGGAAUUUAUUGGAAUUAAUUUAAUUGACUGCUUCAAUGAUGCUAGUUAGAUUCGCGUAGCAAAAGGAACGAGAAAUCGAACGAAAUGACUCAAAGAAUCAUGCUCUUUGCUUCUGUCAAGUAAAUUACAGACAUCCCGGAUUACAUGUAUAAUAGCAAGAUGAAUGUACCAUUCAAUUAGAUCGAUAUGAAAUAAGGUCGUUCCUUUCUUCGACGCACAUGUCGAAGCUAUCCAUAAUCAAUUAUCCAACAUUUCUCACCGUUCGACACUUCCUCGAUGAUACAUUCGCAUAACUUGUAAAAAUAGAAAAUAUUAUAUACGUUUUCAAUACAAUUUCCAAUCCCAAAAUAAUUAAUUUUUUUUCGA